AUGGCAAAGUUGUGUUUGAUGCUUUUCAUUUGCCUUGUAACAGCUCAUCAGAUCACAGCUAGGGUUUUGCCAGGCGAUGCAGACCAGAAGAACUUCGCCUCUUUCGGCGGCCUAGGCGGCUACUCCGGCAUCGGUGGGGGCGGCCUUCCCUUCGGAGGCGUCGGCGGCGGGAUAGGCUCCGGAGCAGGGCUCGGUGGCGGCAUUGGCGGUGGCAUCGGCACUCUGCCCGCUGGCGGCCUUGGAGUUGGAGGCAUUGGAGGCGGAAUCGGCAACCUUGGCGGCCUCGGCCUCGGGGCUGGUGGCGGAGUUGGUGCUGGAGUCGGUGGCGGUGAUGGUGAUGGUGCCGCCGCUUUGCCGUACCCUUGA